UUGCUCCAUGGGCCUGGGACAUAAGCUGAACCUCUGGCCUGUAGUUCCAGAUCCAAGGGGACUGAGAUAAACUGCCAACUGCCACUGGCUUUUCAGGAGUACCUGAAUCUGCUGACACAUCAAGGCCACUUUUCUUAGGAGCCCCCUGACUACCAAAAUCAGUGCCUUUGGAUUCAUCUCUUCUGGGAGAGUUCAGUGUCUUCUGAAGUGUUACAAAACAUACUUUGGGGCAAGGAGCUCGACUUUAUAGAAAGGAGAUGGACCACAUGUCUCCCAGGCUGAGAGCCUUCCUCUCUGAACCCAUUGGAGAAAAGGAUGUCUGCUGGGUGGAUGGCAUCAGCCAUGAGCUCGCAAUCAAUUUGGUCACCAAAGGUAUCAACAAGGCCUACAUCCUGCUGGGACAAUUCCUUCUGAUGCACAAGAAUGAAGCCGAGUUUCAGAGGUGGCUCAUCUGCUGUUGUGGCGCCACUGAAUGUGAGGCCCAGCAGAGUUCUAACUGCCUCAAGGAGUGGUGCGCCUGCUUCCUGUAGACACAAACCUCAUCGCUGCCCCCCACCCCCUGGGGAAAAUGACAUCCUCUCCACCUAU